AUGGCGACCACAGCAUCUAAUCAUUACAUUACGAGCAGCAACAUCCUCACCUCCAACUCCAUCGUGCACGCAGAGCCAGGGAGCAUGCAACAAGGGACAGGCUACAGGGAUGCACAGAAACUGGUCCAGAAUGAUUAUAUGCAAAGCAAUGGACACCCUCUCAGCCACGCUCAUCAAUGGUUAACGGCUCUUUCUCAUGCCGAGGGCUCCCCGUGGUCGGCCGGCGUGCCGGCCAGCCCCCUCGGCCAGCAAGACAUCAAGCCCUCGGUGCAGGCGGGGAGGGACGAUCUCCACAGCGGGGGCACCCUGCACCACCGGCCCCCUCACAUGGUCCACCAGCACGGCAACCACCACGGAGCAUGGGGCAACAGCACAUCAGCCCACAUCCCCAGCAUGGCAUCUAACGGGCAGAGUCUCAUCUACUCCCAGCCGGGCUUCACCGUCAACGGCAUGAUCAACCCAACAGGCACCCAGGGCAUGCACCAUGGCCUCAGGGAGGCUCACGAAGAUCAUCACGGGGACCAUGCUCAACACCACCAGCAGCAUCAAGCACACCACCACCACCAGCAUCAGGGUCACGAUCACUCGGACGAGGACACCCCGACCUCGGACGAUCUGGAGCAGUUCGCCAAGCAGUUCAAGCAGAGGAGGAUCAAGCUCGGAUUUACCCAGGCCGAUGUGGGACUAGCUCUUGGGACGCUGUACGGCAAUGUCUUCUCGCAGACCACCAUCUGCAGGUUCGAAGCGCUGCAGCUCAGCUUUAAAAACAUGUGCAAACUCAAACCCUUGUUGAACAAGUGGCUGGAGGAGGCUGACUCUUCGUCUGGAAGCCCCACCAGCAUAGACAAAAUUGCUGCCCAGGGCAGGAAGAGGAAAAAGAGGACCUCUAUCGAGGUGAGCGUCAAGGGGGCUUUGGAGAGCCAUUUUUUGAAGUGUCCCAAGCCCUCGGCCCAGGAGAUCAACUCUCUGGCGGACAGUCUGCAGCUGGAAAAGGAGGUGGUCAGGGUUUGGUUUUGUAACAGAAGACAAAAAGAGAAGCGAAUGACUCCUCCCGGAGGAGCUCAUCCCGGAGCCGAGGAUGUAUAUGGGGCCAGAGACACUCCGCCGACACAUCAUGGGGUUCAGACUUCUGUACAGUGA